UGCAAUUAACCCAUACCGGUUCUUACCAUGAAGACAUACAAGUCAUUAAUUUUCAUUUUUUUGAGUGUCAGUAACGUUUUCUUCUUGCCAGUCGAUUCCUUGGAAUGUCGGUAUUGCACAGGCUCAGGAGAUUCCAAUGACUGUCGCACAGGAAACGUAACGGAUCUCACGACAUGCAAGGGAGAGGAUCACUGUUAUGCAGAGUAUAUAUUGAAUGAAGGACAUAAACCUUAUUAUCGUAGAGGAUGUGCCACUGGUGACAGGUGCCAACAACAAAUGAGAAGUCAUUUUGCCGCACUCAAAUUCUGUAGUACUUGUCAAGGUUCGAAAUGCAAUAGUAAGAUGAUUGGGUCUAAGGAUCCAUCGUCCUCCUUGUGUACGAGUUGUGAGAGUAAUUAUUACGACAGUGACUGCAGGAAAGGUACAGUCAACACAUACGGCGAAUGUAAAAAAGGGGCCCGGUGUCUACAAUAUCAGCUUGCGACGAAUAGAAUAAGUUUAUGGAAGAGAGAAUGUGGUGACACAAAUUCGUGUAGCACACUCAAGCAAAAAUACGGGGGAACCAUAUUACAAUGCAUCGUAUGUGAACACGAACUGUGUAACAAUUAUCCAAUGUAAAUUUCUCCUAACUGUGAAACUGUAAUCUAUUUUCACUUACGAAAUUAAAUGACAUUGAACAUA